AUGUCGUCGGAAACGCACAACCACAACUCGGAUCAGGAAGAUGACGGGAGGGAGUACAUCGACAUCAUCGGCGAGGACGACUGCCUCUCCGCUGGUGACGACAGGAGCGACGAUGGAUGUCCUCAGAGUAAAGCUAACUACUCCCUCCGUGGUCUCAGUAGUGGCGAGCUGAAGGAACUCCGUUCAAAGAUCAACGAAAGAGAACGGAAACGCAUGCAUGACUUGAACUCCGCCAUGGAAGGUUUGCGGGAUGUCAUGCCGUACGCCCGUGGACCCGCCGUCCGGAAGCUGUCAAAGAUAGCCACACUGACCCUCGCCAAGAACUACAUUACAAUGCUGACCAAGUCUGUAGAGGAGAUGAAGACGCUGAUUGAUGACAUUUACCGUUCCGGUCACCCCCGCCGUGCCCCAGGCCAUCCUGCUGCACAUAUUCCACCGGUACCUACUGCAUCCCCACCCUCUGGGUUUCCAUACCCUCACCAUCACAUCACCCCGGGGACCAUGGUGCACCCCCCUGUCCAGUCACCACCCUGCACGUCUAUGUCCUGUGGGUGCUCCGUGUAUCCGUACCCCCCGGGACAUACCGUUAUGACGCCCAUUGUGUCAUCUGCUGGCAAGUUCUAUACACAUACGACUAAAACACUUGAUGCAGUACCGAGAAUCUGA